AUGGUGGCCCACGAUGAGGAACACGAUGGCCUUCUUGACGAGUUUGAGCUGCAAGAUGAAGAUCCAAAGACACGGCCUAACUCGUCGCAUCGUACAGUGAGACGGUGCGCCAGGUUUGCACAGCGACAUAUCUGGUGUCUGAUAACAGUCGCUGCCAUUAUUGCGCUACUAUGCACCUUUGGCGCCGCUUUCUCAUCAAUAGGAACCCCAAAAGCCCCGAAAGGUCCCGAAAAGGGUGGUCAUCUUGGAAUUCGUCUGCAUCCAGAAGAACACGCAUCCAGGGCUCCAACAACACUGACCUUCAACUGGACCAUCUCGGCUGGACUCAGAUCGCCAGAUGGAGUUGAGAAGCGAGUAUAUCUUGUCAACGAUGAGUUCCCAGGGCCAACCAUCGAGGCAAGGUCUGGAGAUCGACUUGUGCUGCACAUCCACAAUGACCUUGAAACAGAGGGUGUCUCUCUGCACUGGCACGGCCUGCGAAUGAAGAACCAGAACCUGAUGGAUGGUGCAGUGGGGAUCACACAAUGCCCUAUCCCACCAGGCCGGGAUUACGUCUAUAAUAUCACUAUUGGUGAUGAAGAACACGGCACCUUUUGGUGGCAUAGCCAUUCCGACGUUCAACGAGCCGACGGGCUCUGGGGUGGUCUGAUCGUGCACUCCCCUCAGGAAGCAAGCUCACAGCCAGAAGACUACUUGGUUAUGGUCAGCGACUGGUUUCAUAGAAACCAGACUGAAGUCUUGGCUUGGUACGCCGAUGCCAGCAGUCGAGGAAAUGAGCCAGUUCCCGACUCGCUGCUGGUGAAUGGGAGGGGACGUUUCAACUGCUCAAUGGCGGUUCCUGCUAGGCCAGUUGUCUGUUCUCAGAUUGCAGUACAUGGGCUUGCGCCACUAUUCAAUCCAUCUAGAGAGAAGGCGAUGCAAUUGCGUUUUGUCAACACGGGUUCAGUCGCAGGCUUCAGCGUGCAGAUAGACGGAGCGACGAUGAAGCCAUUUCGCAUAGAUGGCGGGUUCAGCGUUCACGCAGAGGGGAGCGAUUCCAUCGGCAUACUUUAUCCUGGUGAAAGGGUAGAUGUAGAUGUCAAGUGGACUGAGGACUACGUCGGGGGCCGGUGGCUGAGCAUAGACUUGGACUCUGAAAACUUUGGAUACCCCAACCCAGCAUUGAAUCCGAUACAAAGCUUUCAGAUUUUCGAAGGGAAGGGAGGCGAGUAUGACCACAAAGAGGAUCAUGCGCAGAGUAAAACCCAAACCCUCAAUCUUCAAAAUCUCACCGCUGCCACGCGAGUUUCGGACAUCCCGUCUAAAGUAAAGGAGACGUUAGUCUUUUACGCAAAGACUGAAAAGUUGGCACACUUGAAUUACGAGCCCGUCGGUUUCAUAAACCACACAUCAUGGAAACCACAAAGCCCCCCUUUACUGUCUCAAAACAGGUCUGCUUGGGACGAAAACCAACUCGUUCCCUUCAUUGGCCUGACUUCAAACGAGCCUACCAGAGUGGACGUUGUCAUCAACAACCUCGAUGACGGUGCCCAUCCAUUUCACCUUCACGGACAUUCCUUCUACGUUCUCUCGUCCCACAGGGAUGAAGGCCGUGGUGGCUGGGGCAGCUACAAUCCCCACUCUGGUGGCCAGCCUCCAAAUGGCCUCAAUCUGGACUUUCCGCUGCGUAAGGACACAGUAAGUGUUCCUAGAAGAGGGCAUAUAGUGUUCGCUUUGGUGGCAGAUAAUCCAGGCAUUUGGAUGCUGCAUUGUCACAUGCUGGUGCAUAUGGCGAGGGGAAUGGCGAUGGCGAUCCACGUUGGAGAUGUCGCGGAUGCGGAGCAUGUUAUUUCAGCUGACUUCGCGGCUGGCGAGCUUUGUAGGAGAUAA